GUGUGUAUCUCUAUGUGAUCUUAAAUGUUUCUGGUGUUUUAUAGAAAAUGAGUACUAAGUGGUUUCCACCUCAGUCAAACUUUGAGAGAGGUGUGGACGGGCUUCGUAUUGAUGACGUCACUGCCGAUACUGUGGCUACGUCGUCACGCUAUGCAUUCACUUCCGGUCCCGAGACAGAGCCACUGGUCCCGCCCAUUUUUCAUGCUUCCACCUAUAAACUACGGUCUGUGGAUGAUUAUCUCAAGGUUUUGGAAGAGGGUGGAUACAUUUAUUCGAGAUUUAGCAACUUUAACCGUGACUCGGUUCAAGCCGCAAUAAAUGACAUAGAAGGCGGAAAAGGCACUCUUGUUUUCUGCACCGGAAUGGCUGCAAUUUCUACAGCAUUUCUCUCUUUCCUGAAAAGUGGUGAUCAUAUAGUGGCAAAUAACCCUUGCUACAGUGGCACAUACGACAUGGUAACGAACAUACUGCCUCGCUAUGGAAUCGAAUACACCUUUGUUCCUACAGGAUGUCCGGUAGAGGAGUACCGUAAACACGUUAAACCUAAUACCAGGAUGUUAUACGGCGAGACGCCAUGUAAUCCCAGUAUGGCUGUGCUUGAUCUUGAGGAGUUUGGGAAACUGGGGAGAUCGCUGGACAAUGUCUUAACAAUAGUGGACAGUACUUUUGCCAGUCCCUAUCUACAGCCUGUUAUAAAACAUGGUAUUGACAUUUCGAUGCACAGCUGCACCAAAUAUCUCGGUGGUCACAGUGACCUUGUGGCUGGAUGUUUGACCUUUACCUCUGUUGACCUUUGGAAGACAGUGCUUCAUUUUCAGACUACCAUGGGAACAACUCUGUCACCAUACGAUGCAAGUCUCCUUCUCCGAGGAAUCAAAACCCUUCAUUUACGCAUGGAUAAACACAGUUCUAAUGCUCAAAAAGUAGCCGAAUUCCUGGAAAACCAUCCUAAGGUUGAGAGGGUGAUGUAUCCUGGUCUUCCAUCACAUCCACAACAUCAGAUUGCCAAGAAACAGAUGAAGAUGUUCAGCGGAAUGAUCGCCGCUGAGAUUAAGGGAGGAGUGCAGGGAGGGAAGAUUCUUGUAGAGAAUGUGCGCCUAAUACAACUAGCAAUUUCUUUGGGAGGAGUAGAAAGUCUAAUCGAACACCCCGCCACGAUGACGCAUGGUCCAAUGUUGAUGACGUCAGAGGACAGACUGAGUGGUGGUAUAACUGAUGGUCUCGUUAGAAUUAGUAUCGGCAUAGAGGACGCAGAUGACCUCAUCAAAGACCUGAAGCAAGCAUUAGAUAAAAUCCCAGACAGUCUCAUAGCCUAAGCGUGUUUGAUGCAGCACCUUAAAAAGCAUCUAAUCGCUUUUAUUUGUAGCAUAUGCCUCAAUGUAGAUGAAGAAAGUGAACUGUAAUUUGUAUUCUUUAAUCAUAAUAAUAAAACAGGAAAUGAAAAGAAUUAGAAAACAUAAUAACCAAUUUUCCUUCUAUAAAACAUUAUAUAGUUUUAGCUGGAUUUUCUCUUCGCCCUUCACUCUAUACUAGUAUUUAGUUUUUCCCAGAGAAAAAUCAUUUUUACAGGAACAUUUUUUAAAAUUAAGAUGAACGAAUUCUCAUCAAAUAACGUUUGUACUGCUUUUUUGCUCAUGUUCAAAUUUGACAAUUAAAAUCUUAUGGUUGCACACACAGCACAAAUUUGCCA